AUGAUUUCUACACAACAGGAUCACAUAGUUCUUCUUGUUGAUACCGAAUUCUUUGAAAACCUGCCUGCCUGGGUCACUGACAACUUUACUGUUACCCCCGGAGGCUAUCAUGAUGGCCAGCCAUCGCGCAAUAAGUUAGUCAUCUUUGCUGAUGGCAGUUACCUAGAGUUCUUCAACUGGUAUGACACGCCGCCUUCUCUAGAUAAUGAGACCUUGCCAAUGAGAUUCUGGGGAGCCAAAACCCCAGGGCUUAUCGACUUUGCAAUUACUGAUACUACCCAAUCUGCUGAAGAAUCAGUGGGAGUGGUUAACCAACGUCUAUCUGAGGGACCGGAUAAAGAUGCUGGUCUUGGGGUCAAAUUCGGCAAGCCAAUCACGGGAUCACGCAAGAAAGCCGACGGUACAGAGAUCAGUUGGAAGGUUACUCGACCGGAGUUUUCCAAAGGCGAUAAAACGCCUAGUGAGGACCUUUUCGUGAAUGGCAGAAUUGACGUCCCAUUCUUUUGCCAUGAUGUCACCCCCCGAAUCAAUAGGGUACCAAGUUUGGACAAGGAGAAGACGACACAUCCUUGCGGUGCUACUGGCAUCGCGGCCUGUGAGAUCCUGGUGCCUAAGCACCUGCACACGGAAUACACCAACCUCUAUUCCAAGAUUCUCGGCUCCGAGAUUAAGUCUGUGGUUGGGCAAAGCUCGCAUACCCUUGAUCUUGGUGUGCCUCAGGGGUCUACCCGUACCACAGUGGUAGUACGUGCUGCCGAGACUGAACACGAUAUUAAGCGUUUACGAGAGAGAGGAGUUGGCUUAUCCGACCUUGUCAUCGCCGUUGAGUCCGACAGCCUAGGCAGCGGGGAGAGGCGCGCAUUGGGCGACGGUAUUGCUUCUACUAUUUGGCUUGCAAAGGAGAUGUAG